AAAAAGAAUUUAAUGAAAAAUAAAAAGUUUUCUUUCUCCUCCCACCUGAGAUCUACCCGGAAUUGCACAUUGCACAGUUGCAGUGCCUACUUUCACAGAUUCAGUCCCUCCCAUUUCCCCGAAAAACAAAAAUAAAAAAAAAACGCUUCGGCUACAACAAUUGCAUCUCUCUCUCUCUCUCUCUCUCUAUCCAUAAUUCAUUCCUUCUCUGCAAUUUUUUCGGGGGAUACGUUUGGGAUUUGAAUCAUGUGGGGCACCAUUGCUAAUUUUAAGGAAAAUCUCAACAAGAUCGCCCUCGAUGUUCAUGACGACGACGACGACGAAGAAAUUUUCCGAGCGUAUGGCGCCGGAAGCCCUGCCAACGGCGACAACUCCGUUGUCUCCGAUCGCCGGAGUUCCCGCGGCUCCACCCGUUCCAAAUUGGGGAUUAGGUCGCCGCUUGCGAACGGCAUCGAUCAUGCAUCUCUUCAUGAGAUAGAACAAUACAAAGCAGAAAUCAAGAAACUUCAAGCAUCCGAGGCGGAAAUUAAAGCAUUGUCAGUUAAUUAUGCAGCUCUCUUGAAAGAAAAAGAGGAUCAUAUUUUUAAAUUAAAUAAAGAAAAUAGCUCGCUAAAGCAGAAUUUGGAGGCUACAAAUGCUGCUCUGCGUGUCUCCAGAAUUGAAGGUUCUGGAGCAUCUACAAAUGGCACUUAUACAGUCAAGGGAAGUAGUGAUCAGUCACCCAAUCAACAGCAUAAGCUCAACACUCAACGGAAAAAUCGGUAUGCUAUGAACAAUGGAACCAUGUCUGCUUUGGAAUCUGAUGCUAUUCAAAGUGAAAUGGAAAUCAAACAUUCAAAUUUACAAAGAAAUCAUCAGGAGCUUGCAGAUUUGGUUGAUGGAUAUACCACAGUAGCUGUCCAACAUGCCCCAGAAAUGCAAAAGUUGAGGUUAGAACUAGAGCAAGAACGUAAUCAAUUGGCAAACAUUCAGCUAAAAUUCCAAGAGGAACAGAGAUUGAACAAGUCUUUCCAGGAGGAGCUUAACGUAUUAAAGUUGGAAAGAGACAAAGCAUCAAAGGAGAUGAACAAAAUACAUACUGAAUUGAAUGAGAAAGUAUCAGAAAUAAAGCAUCUGCAACUUGAGUUGACAAGACGGGAAAAUGAAGGAGGGGAGGCUGUUGAUAGCUUGAAAAGACUUAUCAAAACCUUAGAGAAGGAAAACACCACACUUAAGAUGGAAAGGAAUGAAAUUGAGGCUGAACUUGAAAAUAGCAGGAAGUCUUUAACUGAUAAAAUGAUGUCCGAUGCUUCACAUAUUCAGAAAAAGGAUUCUAGUAUUUUUGGUGAUAUGCCAGAUCACUCCAAAAGAUUUCCAGGAAAGGAAGAAAUGGAAAGAUCCUUACAGAAGCUCAGUAAAGAUUUAAAGGAAACACAGCAGGACAGGGACAAAGUGGUGCAGGAAUUGAAACGCCUCAAACAGCAUUUACUGGAAAAGGCAUCUGAAGAAUCAGAUAAAAUGGAUGAAGACAGCAAAAUCAUUGAAGAGCUACGUGAUAGCAAUAAUUAUUUAAGGGCUCAAGUAUCACAUCUUGAGAGAACUCUGAAGCAAGCACUUGCAAGUCAAGAGGAGCUGAAGAUGGAAAACUAUAGUGAAAUUCUCAAGUCUAAAGAAGCCAUUAAUGACCUGAACAAGAAGCUAGCAAACUGUAUGAGCACUAUAGAUGCUAAAAAUAUUGAACUUUUAAAUCUACAGACAGCUCUAGGACAGUACUAUGCUGAAAUUGAAGCCAAGGAGCAUUUAGAAAGGGAGUUGGCUCAUGCAAGAGAAGAAAUAGCUAAGCUUUCUCAACUUUUGAAAGAAGCAGAUCACAGAGCAGAUGUAUCAAGGAAUGAAAAGGAAGAAAUUUUAGCCAAGCUUUCACAAUCUGAGAAGGUGCAAUCUGAAUGGAGAAGUAGAGUAAGCAAGCUUGAGGAUGACAAUGCCAAAUUAAGGAAGGUUCUUGAGCAGAGUAUGACACGGUUGAAUAGAAUGUCGGUAGAUUCAGAUUAUCUUGUUGACAGGCGCAUUGUGAUAAAAUUACUUGUAACUUAUUUUCAGAGAAAUCACAGCAGAGAGGUUUUGGAUCUUAUGGUUCGCAUGCUAGGAUUCUCUGAUGAGGAUAAGCAGAGGAUCGGAGGUGCUCAACAAGGUUCGGGUAAAGGUGUUGUUCGUGGAGUUCUUGGGCUGCCGGGCCGCCUGGUUGGAGGCAUCUUGGGAGGAAGUUCGACUGAUGCUGCUGCAAAUGCGGGAUCUGAUAACCAGUCUUUUGCAGAUUUGUGGGUUGAUUUUCUUCUCAAGGAAACAGAAGAAAGAGAGAAGAGAGAAUCAUCAGAAAAUACAGGUAAAGCCACAGCAAAUUCUUCCAAUAAAAGUCCAAAUACCAUCCCUGUCACUCCAUCAUUUUCCAAUCGGAGGUUUGAUGCUGGAACACCAUCCGCUCUUCAAAUUACUCCAACAAAUCAAAACAUCAGUCCUCCCCCUCGUGGUUAUUUUCAGCAUUCUGAACAUUUUGAUUCUGAGUUUUCAACAGUUCCUCUUACAUCAUCUGAUGGUAAAACUAGUUCAAACCUGCAUCCGAGAUACUGAAUAUACAUUGGAGUACCCAGUUAAACAAAGGUAUAUAUCAUUGUUUGUUAAAUUAUAGGUAUGUGAUAUUGUUCAAUUAAUUCUUUCACAUUCAAAAUGAGUGUCUCUUUUUCACUUAAGGGGGUACGGGGAACUUCUAAAGUUUUACUUUCCAUUGCCUUCGACAUCUCGUUUGAUUUGACGUAUAUAAUUUGGGAAUUUUGGAAGAUGUAGAUGUCAUAUAAUAUCGUUCCCAUUGCUUUAAUGCACAUAAUACAAUUCUAUACUUAAACCAGUUUGCAGCUA